GGCUGAAUGUGAUGCGGAAGAGCGGCGGGCCCGCGCCGGUGGUGGCUGUGGAGGGCGGGUGGCCCUGGCGCCUCAGGUUUUGCUGGAUACACAAAAUCAGCUUUAGAAAACAAUGUCCCUUGACUUCGAUAGUGGAGCUCUACAAACUCAACAUGAAGAUGAAGACUAUGACCAAGAAGAUUAUGCAAGAGAACAAGAGUUGCAACAGUUGUUGACAGACCUCCCCCAUGACAUGCUGGAGGACAGUGGAGACCAACUCUCCAGUUUCUCAGACUGCAGCAUUCAGGAGGCUGAGGAGCAGUCACCUGAGCCUGGGAAGCUUGAUGGAAGGUGGAAUGAUCAUCCAUUGAUAAGUGAUCCUCCAAAUGGCUAUGAACAAGGACAAAACCUGUUCCCUGAACAAUUCUUGUGUGACCAGCAAACAGACCACAUUGAAAAACAUGGGAAGAAUUGGAAUGGUGUACAUAAUGAUGAAGAGAAGAAACGUUUAUAUGAUGUUAAAGAAGAUUACUGUGGCCAGGCUGGCCAAGAUGGUCCAGAUGAUGUGUUUCUUGGUGGAGAUGGGUUUAACUCUCCAAGUUGCUACCAAGAGAACAAUGUGUAUCAUCUUCCUGAAAACUUCAGGCCUUAUACAAAUGGCCAUAAACCAGAAUUUAACAAUCAGCAAAAUAAACCAAUAAAUUUUUCAGAUGAUCCAAAGGAACAUCUUAAGCAAUUUGUUGCAUCUGAUGUUGUCAAUGGCCAGUCACCAGAACCUUACAAAGUGACUUAUAAACCAUACCAAAAUGGCAUUCAUCAAAAUAUUCCAGGAAUCCAAGAAGGAAACAGAAGAAAUGAAGUGUUUGAAGAUUUGCAACAUGAAUUCUUGGGCAAUGAUGAAAAUUCUUCAGAAAAUAUGCAGAUUCUUCAACUUCAAGUUCUAAAUAAAGCAAGGGAAAGACAACUGGAAGAACUUAAUGAAAAGCUAGAAAAGAGUGCACAGCAGAUUAGGUAUUUGAAUCAUCAGCUUUCAAUGGUCAAAGGUGAAAAGGAUGGUUUGGCUCUCAGUCUUCAUGAGUCUCAGAAACUCUAUCAGAAUGGAAAGGAACGGGAAAUGCAUCUUGAAGGUCAAAUCAAGGCCCUUGAAACUCAAAUUCAGACUCUUACUACCAAUGAGGAGCAGAUACUGAAGCAGUCCAAAGUGGCAGAGGUGGCCAUGGAGAGCAUGCAGAAGCAGCUGCUAGAACUUCAGCGGUCAGAUGCCCUCCAGCGAGCCAGAGAACAACAUGAGGCCAUUGUCUCUGCACUCAAGCAGAAGUAUGAACAGCAAGUACUGUCAUUAGAGCAGAAACUUGAUACUACACAAUCUGCACUCCGAGAGCAGAAAGAGCUUUGCAAAAAUUUAGGAGAGCAUGUUAAGCAACUUGAAAAAUUGCUGGAAGAUACUAAAUGUGAAAAAACUGAAAUAAUAAAUCGACUGACAAGAAGCCUAGAAGAAAGCCAGAAGCAAUGUGCAAAUUUACUGCAAACAGGCUCAAUGCAGGAGACAAAUCAGUUACGCCUUCAAUUACAACAAGCUCAAUCUGCACAGAUGAUAAGCAACAACAUGAACAAGGCUUUGCAGGAAGAAUUAAUGGAGCUGAAAGAAGAAAUAGCUUUGUAUGAAUCUGCUGCCAAGCUUGGAGUGUUUUUGAAUGAUGCAGGUGGAGAGCGACAUAUGAGCCUGGGUGAUUCCUAUGUAGAACUGGGAAUUAAAAAAAUCACAGGGAAUAAGCCAAGAUUCUGCAGUGCAACACAGAACAGAGACAUGGGCAAAGAACUGUCUAAAGAUGAAAUUAUUGUGGAAUUAAAAGCUGAGCUGGAACGUUUAUUGAGCAGUAAUAAAAUGAAGAGAAACCAGAUUACUCAACUACAAAGUAGUCUUAAAGAUUGCCAGAAGACACUAGAGGAAUACAAACAGUUGAAAGCAGAAAAAGCAUCAAGAGAUUCUGAGCCCAUCACAAAUUUGAAGGAUGCCUCUGAUAAUCUAAAAGAAGAAGUUCUGAGACUCAAAAAGGCUAAUGAAGUUUUGCUGCAGGAAGUUGAGGCCCAUGCUUCAACUAUUGAAGAACUGAAGGAAAAUGAGGAAAAGCUGAAAAGCUUAAAUCAAGACCUCUGUUGUCAGAUGAGAAAGAUGGUUCAGGAUUUUGAUCAUGAUAAGCAAGAAGCCAUUGACAGGUGUGAAAGAACUUACCAGCAACAUCACGAGGACACCAAAGCACAUUUUGAGAAAGAACUGAUGGAGAGGUUUGCUGUGGAAAAGCAGCAGCUUGUUCAAGCUUCUGAAGAGACAAUCUCACAGUUAAAGGAUAAUAUAGAGGAGCUGAACAAAGAGAUCACUGCAGUGAAAGAAUGUUACAUUGGGGUUUGUCGGGAGAAGGACACCGUGGAAACUACUUUAAGAAAGAGAUUUCAACAAGAGCAGCAGCUGAAGGAAGAGAAGCUCAAGAAACAGCUACUAGAAGAAAAAGAAGUCUCCCUUAAACUUCUGAGGACUGAGCUUGAAGAGGAACACAUCAGGUCUAUGAUAGCAGCAAAGAAGCAGUGGCUGGAAGAAAAAAAACAGCAGGUUCAAGAGGAGAUUGCAUUAGCCAAAGCUCACUGGGAAAAGGAAGAAAAAGAGGUAGAUGCAGCUUUAACCCAAGCUCAUGCCAAGUGGCUGCAAGAGUACAAACUAAAUUUAAAAGUAGAGCGAGAAAAAUGGGAAAAGGAGCACCAAAAGACUACAGCAAAGCAGUUAGCGCUGGUUCUCUCAGCUGCCGAGGAGAAAUGGAAGAAAGAAUAUGGAAGUACAGAGAGAUCUGAACCAAGAGUUAAAGAACUUGAAGAAAAGAUAAUUUCUCUGAGGAGGGAAUUGGAGCUCAAGAAAGAGGAAAUCCCUGCAGCUGUCAAAGCAGAACUAGCAAAAGCCCGUGUGCAGUGGAACAAAGAAAAGCAAGAAGAAAUUUUGCAGAUACAAGAGCAAAAUGAGAGAGACUACCAGUCGUUCUUAGAUGAUCAUAGAAACAGAAUUAAAGAGGUCCUUGCAACAGCCAAGGAGGACCUUGCAAAGCAGAAGAAUGAUCUCUCCAUUCAGAAAGAAGCAGAAAUAAAGAUGCUACUAGAUCAAAAGCAGCGAGAAUGGGAGGCUCAGGAAGCCAAGAGACUGCAGGAUGAAAUUAGUCAGUAUGAGGAGAAGACUCUGGUUGAGCUGGAGUAUUGGUUGAGUGAAAUUCAUGAAGAACUAGUCAAGUGCACACAGAGUAAACAUUCUUGGAAGGACAAGUGUUUAGACUCUCGUGCUCAAUUAGCCAGUCAAGGCAAAGACAAACUGAAGGCUUGUUUACAGAAGGCCUAUAGAACCACAGUCUGCACAAUUCUGGAAAAGAAAGAGCAAGAAUGGAAAGAGAAAUACGAAGAGCUAGUCAAUAAUGCAAAUAAAGAAUCAUACCCUCACCCACAACAUGGAACAGGAAACACUGGGGAUGUGGCAAGACCCCCUGUGUACGGUGUUGGACACCAGGCAGAAGCACAAAGGAGACUGAGAAGACAGACACCCUUGCAGGAAGCUGGGACAGACAAAGAAAAUGAGAGAGUUCCUAGAACUCUAAUUGCAGAAAACUCUGACAUGGAUACUAAACUGGAAGACCAUGGAUCACCACCAAGGUCACUGUUAAGGGGAGGCGUCUCAAAACCUUGUGCAUCCUCUGACUCUGUGAAAGGUCUGGAAGAAAUGCGUGCUCACUACAUUAAAGCUUUGAGCAAGAUUAAGUGUGAUAUGCUUUGUUACAUCCGUGAGAGUAAGGAACGAGCUGCUGAAAUGAUUAAAGUGGAGGUUUUAAGAGAGCGCCAAGAGACAGCACGGAAAAUGCGCAAAUACUACUUGACAUGCCUUCAACAACUGCUCACUGAUAAUGGCAAGCAUGAAGGAGCUGAGAAGAAAAUAAUGGACGCUGCCAGUAAACUUGCUACAAUGGCUAAAGGACUGGAAACACCUCUUCGGCACAUUCCCCAGCGCAAGUCUGCCCGCCCAGCUCUGCAUUUAAAUUCUGAUCCUGGAGGUGAGUGCUCCAGAAGAGAUUGUGUGCAUCGGACUAGGUCACAGCAUAUGGAAAGCAAAUCAUGUAGUGAAAGCAGUGCUGAAAAAGCCACUGGUAAAGCUGUCCAGAAGUGUGUUCCACGUGACUUGAGACAGCAGUUUGAUGCAUCUCAGACCAAAACUCCACAUGUGCUUUGUGAAAGAGUGACUUCAGAUAUUCAGAACAGGAAUUAUUCUCAAAAUCUGGAUGGUGCUUCUAGAGGUCUUCUACCAGAAUGUUACCCAAAUGAAGAUGGAAGAAGAGAAAAAUACAGCCCUGUUGCAAAUAUAGACAAAGGACCUUUGUGUGCUGCGGGUAAUGGCGUUGCUCCUCCUUCUGCUGGUCAGGGAACACUACAAAACAGGCAAGUACCCAGUGUUACAAAUGGCCACACCAGCUCUGGGCCAACUCAUCAUAUGCUCAAGAGCAAGAAUGGAAGAACAGGCUUGAAAGAAGAUAAUUGUAUCCAAUCAUGUGGCAAGUGGAAAACUAAGUCUAAGAGAACUCAGGAAUUUGAUUUUAAAGACACUCCAGAAAGAGAUGAAGGAAGCAGCAGUGAAUGGAGUUCUGGGAAUGGAAGCUUGCUUCUGGAUUGUGGUGAAAUGCCUCUCUUGUAUCCUCAACAAAAAGCCAAUACUAAUGUUCAAGCACAGACUGUGUACUGUGAAGAGUUUCCUCACAUCAGGUCAUUUUCCUCUGCAGAUGAAAAUGUUACUUCUUGGAGAGACAUUUCUAGUGACAGUGACAAGAUUCUCAGUACAAAAAGUAGCACAAAAGUUUACAGUAGAGGCCAGCAGAUGACAAACCCAGAGCAUACUUCAUUCCUCAACUCUUGACAAAUCAAAUUCAACACCCACAACUCAACGCAACAUCAGAUUCAAAUGUAGGAAAAUGCUGCUACAAAUGCUGGGAGAAAAAUGGUGUGGGAUCCCCAUUCUCUCAGCAAGAUAGUGGUUUUUAAUUAGCCCACUCUGACUUGAACCAAUACCAGCAGUCCUUGUUUAAAGGAAAAAAUUAACUUGAUGUUUAAAUAAAAGUGUGAUGAUUGAGGACAGCCUCUUCUACUGUGUCCAUUUUGUGAUCAAUUUUACACUAACAAAUUUUAUCAAGCUACUUGAAAUAUUAGUGCAGACUUUUGUUUACCUUUGUAAUAACACUUUCAUAAAUGUUUAUAGUGCACUAGAUGCAAAUUUAUUAAAUAGAAUCUAUUUUUAUAUUCAAUUUAGCCUGCAGUGUUUAUCUAAAACCAAGCUACUGUAACUUGUGGUCAUUUUUUAAAUGGUUAUCAAAAUUCCUUCAGAGUGUAAUGAGAGAUGUUUUGGGGUUUGUUUGAAGAUAGUAUUUUAAUUGACUUUUCCAUUUUGCAGGACCUCCUGUAACCCUCUGUUUGUGUUCCCACAA